AUUGAUUCCUGAGGGAGCGCGCGGCCGCUGCCUGGAGCGGCCAGUGCUGGAGGACAGUGCCGGUGGCCGUGGAGGAGCCGAGUAGCCAGCAGCGACCAGGAGCUGCGACGGCGCCUGCGGCCGCGGCUGCCUCGCUCUGCCCGACACAACAGAUGUUGCUGACCAUGUGAUCAGCAACACCAAGAGUCGCCAUGGCCAACACAGCACAUCUCGUCAGGAGGCAGAGUUCCCAGAACUUGAAUCCCCAGCGAUCGCUCGACCGCCUCGAGAUGAAAGAGAUGCGCGGACGCCUUGUCGUCGAGAAUGGUGGCUCCAACAGCUAUGGAGCUACCAACAUCGCCUUCGACGACUCCAGCCCCAACACGAAGGUUAGCCGGGACGGCCUGAAGAUGGGCUCGGGCGAAGGGAAGCAGGUGUUUCGGCCCGAGGCGGGCGAGGACGAGCGCGAGUCGUGGGACAGCAAGCUGACCUUCCUGCUGGCCACCGUCGGCUACGCCGUCGGGCUCGGCAACGUCUGGAGGUUCCCCUACCUCGCACAGAAGAACGGCGGCGGUGCAUUUCUGAUACCAUACUUCGUAAUGCUGGCAAUAGAGGGCAUCCCCAUUUUUUACCUGGAGCUAGCCAUUGGACAGAGACUGAGGAAAGGAGCCAUUGGCGUCUGGAACCAAGUGUCUCCAUACCUGGGAGGCAUUGGUAUCAGCAGUGCGGUAGUUUCCUUCAAUGUUGCACUCUACUACAACACUAUCAUCGCUUGGUGCCUCUUUUAUUUCGUCCAGAGUUUCCAAUCAGAGCUGCCAUGGGCAACGUGUCCUAAUAGAUACCAUGAGAAUGGUUCUUAUACUGUGGAACCUGAGUGUGUUACUAGUACACCAACACAGUACUUCUGGUACAGAACAACACUUAUGGUAUCUCAGGAUAUAAACAGCCCUGAAGUUUUCAACUGGAAAAUAGCCUUAGCCCUUGUUGUUGCCUGGUUACUUGUUUAUAUGUGCAUGAUCAAGGGAAUAGCUUCUUCUGGGAAGGUUGUAUAUGUGACAGCCACUUUCCCUUACAUUGUUCUUAUUAUAUUCUUCUUCCGUGGAGUGACAUUGAAGGGAAUGUCAGAUGGCUUAAGGCAUCUGUUUACACCAAAGUGGUGGACACUUACUGAUCCUGUGGUGUGGUUGGAAGCAGGAACACAGAUUUUCUUUUCACUUGGUUUAGCUUUUGGAGGUCUCAUAGCUUUCUCAUCUUAUAAUCCAGUAAAUAACAACUGCUACCGUGAUGCCAUCAUGGUUUCACUUACCAACUGCUUCACCUCAAUGUUUGCUGGAAUUGUGGUCUUCUCUGUUAUAGGUUUUAAAGCAACAAUGAUUCAUGAACGUUGCUUAGAAGAACGAAAUAACAUACUAGCUUCAAUAUAUGGCAGCAGCACUGCUUCUACAAAUUUCACUAAUGAGACACACAGCAUUUCUCCUCCUCUUCCAGAAUGUGAUUUAGAAAAGGAAUUAGACAAUUCUGCUUCAGGUACUGGUUUAGCAUUCAUCAUAUUUACAGAAGCCAUAAAUCAAUUUCCUGGAGCACAAUUCUGGUCUGUGCUUUUCUUUCUAAUGCUUUUUACGCUUGGGAUAGACUCUCAGUUUGGUACGCUAGAAGGUGUUGUUACUUCUAUAGUAGACAUGAAGUUAUUUCCUAACCUCCGCAAGGAAAUUCUAACAGGGGGCCUGUGUCUUAUAUGUUGUGGCAUAUCUAUGGCUUUUGCCCAUGGUGCUGGCAGUUAUGUAUUCAUCUUGUUUGAUAACUUCAGUGGAAACUUUCCCUUGCUCAUUAUUGCCUUCUUUGAAUGUGUGGGUGUUUCUUAUGUAUAUGGACUAAAAAGGUUUGCUGAUGACAUAGAAAUGAUGACAGGCAAGAGGCCAGGUCUGUACUGGCUUAUCUGCUGGAAAUACCUGUCACCACUAGCUAUGCUGUCAAUACUUGUAGCCAGCUUUGUGGAAAUAGCAGUAGAUGGCAGUGGCUACCCAGCAUGGGUUGCCAGCAAAGGAAUAACGGAGCGCCAUGAGUGGCCUGUGUGGGCACUUGUGCUUAUUGCAUUCCUGAUACUCAUCUCUGUUCUGUGGAUUCCAGCUGUAGCCAUAUGCAGGGCCUUUGGCAUCCUUAUCAUUGAAGACAAUGAUAAGGCAUGGUUUCCAUCAGAAGAUCUGAGAGAAUAUCAUGGCAUUGUGCCACAUGAAGUAACAGCUGCUGAGAAAGUCCUCUUCUGCAUUCGGGAUGAUGGUACAGAAGGGCUCUGCUGUCCAACAAGAGUAACAGAUGAAGAAGAUGACACAUAGUGGCCUUUGAAAGAAGCCAACCAUUAUAGAAUAGACACAAAUGCAAUAAUUAUCUGUGAAAGUCUGAACCAUCAUUACAGGAAGUUAUGCUGGUGACACAUUUUUAUGUUUGAGAAGUCUUUGUAAGAUUUGUUUGAAUUACACUGUAUGUGAGGAGCCGUCCAUAAGUUACAAGAAAAUGGUGUAUAUUUUGCUGAAAUACCCCAGUAAUCUUUCUCAGAUCUUAGGUAUUGCUCCAAGUGUUUUAUUAACAAAUUAAAAGGCAUUUAUAAACACCAAUUACUAAAAUGUAAUGCAUAUUUGUGCAAGUUGUGGUUUUUUUCCAUGAGUCACUUUAAUUCCGGGUUUCCUUUGUUAUAAAUUUCAUGUCCCUUCAGGAUUCACAAAAGGAAAAUAUUUUUCUUAUAUUUUAUUUGGUGAGCAGCAUAACAACUGUAAAAAAAUAUGAAGUAGUCUCCCUCAUCUAUAUAUUUCCUCUCCCUAUCCUCCCAUAAUUGUAUACAGUUCUAGAAGUUUGGUCAGGUUUUCAAAUAAUAUAAGAACAAAAUCAGGGCAGUAGUCUUUAAUUUUGAAAUUUUCCCAUACUUGGAACUAUGACAUAAUAGCAGAUAAUUUCAUUUUAUGUACCAUCUGAUUUCUAAUCAUAUAUUCCCAUAUCCUACAUAGAUAUCUUUAAAAAUUUGUAUUAAAUAGAUCAUUCAUAGUAACGCACAAUAACUGUAGUUCCUGUACUUUUUAUUACAGUAUUCUGUUAUAUACAUAUGUGUGAAGGGACAGAAUGCUUACACAGAAAUACUGUAAACCUAAGAAACUGACUUUUCCCUUCCCAUGAGAGACAGAGGGAAUGAAUUUUAAAAGUAAUGUCCUUAAAAUACUUGAUGGUUUUAUGGAAUUUAAUCUAUCAAGGAAAAUUGAUGUAGUACUUAACAUACUCAGUUUAACAGUAGUUGUCUCUUGAAAAUCAAAGAAUUUGCCAUUGAUUUUAAUUUCUGCAACUUAAUACAACACAUCUCUUCCCAUGUGAACACAUAUUUCCAUCACAGAAGUCUGUUACACUUGUAAUUACCUAACACACUCACAACAUCACAAAACAUAAUAUCUCCCGCAUAAUAUGUGCCUAAGAGAAAUUGCUUUUGUUUGGAAGAGGUCUAAGAUUGCUUCACUCACUCAAGCUUCAUAUUAUGAAGUGCAAAAAAACUUACAGAAAUUUAUAACCAUUAAGAAACAAUAAUAUUUUUUAAAAUGUUUUUGAUGCUCAAGAGGUAUGUUUCAUUUCUUGUGUUCAAUCAUUUACACUAAGCAAUAAAGACAAAACCACAAAUAUUUUAUUUGACAAUUAAUAGACUCAAAAUUUUAUGACAGUAAAAGUGAAAUAAAAUUUAAGAUCUUACUUCACACAAAAAUUCAAAAUAACAAGCACACUUUGCUGGCCUAAUUCUUAAUAAUCAUUUUCCUUAUAUCAAAAAUACUUAUGAUAUGGAAAUAUUGAGGUUCACACAAUGAUUUUUACCCAAAGUUUAAAUUUGUUUCACCAUCCCUAAUCAGGAGGAAUAAGAAUGUGAAAAUAAUCACAUUAAAUUAAAUAAAAUUCAAUUACUUUAGAAUAUUGAAGAACAAUGGUAUUUUUGUACUGAAUGUUUAAAAAAUGCUUGUAAUAAGUGCUUCACCAAUAAUGGCUGUAGGCAUACAAUUAUGUAUAUCUCUUAUAAUCCACACAAUAUCCUGUUACAUUCUCUAAUUACCUAUUUUAUUUCUUAUCAUAGAACUGGAACACUUAUUUUUCAACAAAAAAUUCUGUUGUUUUGUUAAUGCCACACAGUCAAUUAUUGAUUAAUCCAUUUGACUGCACAUGUACAAUGUACUAAUUUUAUUGUUUUGCUUUCAAUUAUGGAUUACUGUUCUUUUGAUUAUUUCAGUUUAUUUUUCUAAAGUAGUAUUGAGAAAAUAUAUGAUGCUUUUUAUUAAAUUUUGAAGACUUCCUGUUACAAGUUCUGGUAUAAGAUGCGUUGCCUUACACACCAGAUCACAUUCCCAAACAACUCAAGCACCCUAAGGACUUGCAACGAAUAUUUAAUAGUUCAGACAUCUCAUGUAUUCAAACAUUUUCUAGAGCAUAUCGUUUUUAUAGCAUAUCACUAGUUUUAAAUAGUACUAAGCAAUCAGGAUCCUGUAUUUCUAUAAACAAAUUACUUUUGUUAUUUUUUUGAUGCAAAAUAUCAGAAAAAUGCCUGACAAUAUCUUAAAAUUUUUUAAAAAUACAUAUUCAAUCCAAUGGGAAGUGUUCCUUAUAUACUACUAUUUUAUAAAUAAUGUUACAGAUUUUUGUAACUUCUCAUUGUGUUAUCUUAAUUAACUGCAGCUUGUACUGAGAUUAAUAUCAAACAAAAUUUGAAUUAGGCAUUGCUUGUCUCAGAAUAAACUGUUGGUACAGAUGACUUGACAUUGAAAACCACAAAAAUCUUUUUUUUUUUUUUUUUCUAUUUCUAACAUAUCAGUCGAGUGUCCAGUUUAAGAAUUUCUGUACAUUUACUUUUUUGUCAUCUAUAUUAUUGUCUCAUUUAUGAUACUGUGUAACAGACUUCAGGACUAUGUAUGUUUUUAAUUUCCGGGUGUGGCAUAAAAUACUAAAAUAAUUGUAAUUUCUUUUUAAAAUGAUAUGCUCCUCGUGUAAUUUAUUGACAGCUCCUGAGAGUAAAUGUUAAUUUUAAAUAAGUAGUUAUCAACAAUGCAGGUAACUGCAAUGAUAGUUUUAGCUCUUAUGAGACUUGAAAUGGUUAACAUCCUAGAAUUAAGCCAUAAUCAAAUGUGAAUAUUAAUGUUAAAGGAGGAAGAUUCUACCUUCUGAGAAAUUAUGAAUAUUUUGUUUUCCUCGACUGCAGGGCAAGCCAUAGUUAGCACUUUUGUAAUUAGUAGGACAGAUUGUAAGAAAAGUUAGUACUAUUUAAGUUGUAGAAAAGUUAUACUGUUGCUAUAAAAGUGUGAACAAUGGAGGAAAGGACCUGCUUAUUAUAUAGAUUAUUUGCAGGUCUUUGAAAAGAACAGCAAGGGAAAAAUAUCACACAUGUAGAGUACUACAAACUUCAUCGACUCUCUUAUGGUUAGCAAGAUAAGAGAUGAGGGUCAAGAAUAGACUGAAGACUAAUUGUAAAUUAAAUUAUUUAGCUAUUCAAAAAAGUUUAUUCAGUUUUGUAUAAACUUGUAUGGGUUGAAAAGAAUGUUUAGCAGUUGAAAUAUCAGUAACUAAAUAUUUUUAAAAAGUGAUAUAGGAAAUGUAUGUGAAUAUAAGGAAUGCAGUUAGUGAAUUAAUGAUUGUGAUCUUUUAACUUAUGAAAAUACACUAGCUGUGACACAAAACUUAUAUGCCUGCAUGCUUUCUUAAACAGAAAUAAAUGAAAAACUUGACACAGGUGAUACAUGCCAUUAUUUCAGUUCAAUAUUUUUACAUUAAACAUGCUAAUAGGCAACUGCAAGACUGGUCAUCUUUGCUAAGAAAGUUACUCCUAGACUUUACACUAAUAUCAGGAAAUAACAAUCUGUAAGAAAGCAUUUUGUUAAAAAACAUCAGUUCCCUCCUGCUUUUACAAUCAAUUCAGUUUUGUACACCUCAAUAUAGGAUUCCAGUUCAUAGCCAAAACUGAUACUUGGGACUGUGAAGAUAAAAGAACAUGUGCCAGAAUGAUAUUAUAAAACAGUGACCAGUCUUGUUAACCUAACCGGUACUAAACUAUGUGAAUAAAUAAUGAACAAAACCCCAAACUCUGUGAUAAUGUCACACAUUGUUUCGACUUUAUUCAGACUUCCUAUCUGAACAAAUAUUACCCAAAAAGUAAGUAAUUUGCAAGCCUAUAAUUUUAUCCUUGUUUUCAGAUAUCAUAUAGAUUUAUUUGUUUGUGACAGAGCUGGAGAGGCAUAGGGAUAUGAAUACAUGCGGCCUAUGCCUCCACAUACAUAUCUCAAGUUCAUUUGUUUUCAUGCUCAUGUCACAAAUGUCACACAAGUAUUUUUAUUUUAGCCUAUAAUUUUAUCCUUGUUUUCAGAUAUCAUAUAGAUUUAUUUGUUUGUGACAGAGAUGGAGUGGCAUAGGGAUAUGAAUACAUGCGGCCUAUGCCUCCACAUACAUAUCUCAAGUUCAUUUGUUUUCAUGCUCAUGUCACAAAUGUCACACGAGUAUUUUUAUUUUAUUUUAUUUUUUUGUUAAUUGAUUAUUUUAUAAGUUAAACGUAUUUUAUUUUGUAAUGAUUCAGACUGAUAGUAAGGCUAUAUGCAUUAUUUCAAUUCUUAAAGAUUAAAGUUAAAUCACAAUUCCUCUUAAACUUUUGGACACUUACAACAAAUUUAAGAAAAAUUUUCAUCUCAAUUCUAUGUGGUCAGCAUCAGUGCUAUAUUAUAAAAUGAAGUCUUUAUUUCUGAAGAUACAGAGUUUGGGAGUAUUAUCAACUUAAUGUGAAAUAAACUUUUAAAAUUUAAUAUUUCAGAAUCAUAUUUCAACAUUAAAUAUUUUCAUAUAAUUAAGUAUUAUAUUUAAAUUUUUUUCCUUCAGUCCAGAAGGUAAUUUUUAUAAUUAUGAAGAACCGUUGUAUUGAAAGGAUUCUAAUACUGCCAAUGUGAUAACUAAUGUACAUUUUAUUAUAUUCUGGUGGAUGACAAUAAUUUCAUGUAUGAGUAAUGUAGCAUAAAAUUUCUUGUGCUGGAAGCAGGGCUGUAUGAUUUAACACAGCCUCAGACUGUGGAACUGCAAAUUAUGAUAACCACAAAGGAUAUUUUUCCCUAGACCAACUGUAUGACUGACAUAGCUGGCAGAUGAAUUAAAUUAUGUUUUGCAUGAAAAGAAAAGAAUGUAACUUAUUUGAGACUGUUUAGAUAAUUUACACAUACUGUGAGCAAGUUUGACAAUACAUGAAUUUUAAGCCAGCAACAAGACAUAAUUCCCACUUUGCUAUCAUAUUUUUUUGCAUACUGGUUUACACUAAAAUGAAAUUUCAAUAUAAUUUUUCAGGAUAAAUGGUUAGAGACUCAAAGAAUAUAUGGAAUUUAGUCACAGGUGACAGAAAUAAAUGAAUAAAGUGGUUUUCUAAGAAUGUUAUGUGGCUUUUAUGUACUGUUUGAAAGUACACCGUGACAAUAAUUUUAACAUGUGUCUUCUGUGGAAGUAAAAUUAUAGUUCUUAUCAUCUAUAUACUUGUAAGACUCUUGUUGCCACAUGUUACUUUAUUGGAGAAUUAAUACAAUAUUUUAUAUUACAUUUUUAUUUUUAGCAACUCAGAGUUAACAUAAAUAUGGAAAAAAUGACAAUAAGGUUUAACAAAUGUAAUCAAACAUCGAGUACUAUUAUCUUGUAGUUUUCAUACUUUCAUUCUUUUUGUUAAUUAUGCAACCAAGUUGUGAAUAUUCAAAGCUCCAACAUAACUUUGUAACAAAAAGUGAAAAUUGUUUGUUUAGUUUGGAAUAACUCUGAAAUUUCUAUAUUUUGAUUAAAAUUACAUUGACUACAAAAUAGUUAGAACCAGUAUUACUUAUUUAAUAUGAUAUAAACAUAUCUUCUGUUAACAAAUGGGAAACCUAGAUACCAUCUGAUAAUGUAGACCAUUUCAAGGAAGAAAAGUAUUUGGAAAGGUCAUUCUUGAAUGGCAUGCCUAAAGAUUAGCACUACACAUGGCUGACAAUAAUUCCUCAUUAUCUGUGAAACAACAAAAUAAACUUCAGCACAAACCAUUCCAAUGGACAAAGACUACUGAAUAACACAGAAUGUACCUGAAAUCACUUUUCAAGUCAGAUGAUGGAAUCACACAGUGAUGUGAGAAAUGCAGUCACAUAAACUUGUUGUAGCACAUUUUUAUGGCCUUUAAAUAUUAUAGAAAUAGAGUACAGAAUGUACAAAAAAACUAUUACAUAGUUUUUGUUCAUAAUUCCCUUAGGCAAAAAUUCUAGGUAUCAUAAUGCAUUGUAGUGUUGGUAUGGAAAUCAUACGUAUCUCAUAGAUUGAAAAUGCUGAGGAAAAUUUUAAUUUCAAACAAUUUUAUCAAACUUGGAACGUUCUGAGUACAUAUGCUAGAACUGUAAUGGUGUAGAACUGUGAUAGUUCUUUGACUGUAAACUGUUGCGUAAGGUGAAAUGUACACAUUGAAAAUGUCUGUGAAUACAUCAUAAUCAGCACAACUUUAAAUUGUAAUUGCGAUCUGAUUUGAGAAGUGUGCUAAAUAUUUCCAUUGGGAUUGAGGAACAGCUGAAGUAUGUGUAGCAUUAAUCAUAUCUGUAGCAUCUACCAUGAUGUGUAUUACUGUUUACUUGGAAUGUUUAAAAUUUGGAAAAGUGAUUCUGAAAUUAUCAAGUUCCUGAUGUGUUAUUUCAUUUUAUUAGAACAAGUCAGCAUUUCUGCUUUCAUUUUAAUCUGUAUUCAUACUUAAAUGUUGCAUGGAAAUUGUUCAUUCAUGCUAAAGAGGAAUAGCUUUGAAACCAUGUUAACUUUGGAUGCUUAUAGAGCUACAAAUAUAAUGUGGGAUUAUUUUUCAAUAAAAUCUCAUACUAAAAAAAUAAUUAAAAGAUGCUAUAAUGUUUAUAUGUACCAAUUUACAGUUUAAAUACAUUUCUGUUCAAUAUUUUUUUUUUAAUAAUGGGUACCAGUUGCUUAUUAAUUUCAACAAAAUGUUAAGUACUGACAGAAUUGGUACAUCAUAUCUGGGCACUGCAUGUGGCAAAUCUCAAAGUUAGGAACAGUAACAUUUAUUCCAGUGUCUCACUAUAAUACUUCUGACAAAUGAGUGAAUCACAGCAAUGCAGCGAGAUUCAAUGUGUAGUAUGAAAACCAAAUAAAAUUUGUUGAUAAAUACAGAAAAUAGUUACAAAAAUUAACUACCAACACCAUGGUCAUACUCUGUCCUGUGGGGCUGAUACCAUUGAUCAAUAUGCAGAUCCAUAAUCAAUUCCUGUCAGAAUUACUGCUGAAAACUGAUGCAUCUAACAUGUGGCCUCACUAAUAGAACUCUAUUUGCAACAUGGCAACUGUGUGGAGACAGAAAGGAAGCAUUAAAUGUUGAUACCAGGGGUUCUUUCAUCCAGAAAAAAUGCCAAAGGAAGGAUGUAUCCAAUGUCUUAGAGUGUUCUAUUAUGUUGUGCAUGGGUAUCUCAACCACUUGCUGCAUAGUAAAGAACAGCAGACAGUUAGUGUACAAGAUGGUGGCAGCACUAGCACAAUUUAAAUCAUUAAAAAGUUAUGUGCUUAAGGCAGCAACAAAUGUAUAUGAUAGAAAAAGUGUAAAGGAUAGAUCAAAGCAAUUGUAAAAUGUUUGUUGUCCACAUAAAAGGCAGCUAUGUAUGUAACAUCCAGUUUGAACACUGAAAUCAGCGACAGAUAAAAUGUAAUUUCAGCACAUCACAUUAACUAACUAUUGUGAUUCAUCACUGUUAAAUCAUCAGGCUCUUAAGAAUGAAACUUGAUAAGUAAAAUGUAGUAGGCACCAGUUGAUUAUAUUUAUUUAUUAUUUCUUUAAAAAGAAAUCAUAUCUGUUCACUGCCAUCAACACUGAAAUAUUGUCUUUAGAAACACACUACCUGCAAAAAUACAAAUGAAAAAGUAAUAUCUUUUCAGAAAAAACAGUACUUUCAAUAAAUCUCAAGAUUAAUAAAAAUAAAAAUAAACUACAUGGUUAAAUCAUUUAGUUCUUUACUUUCUGAAGUGAUCAGUUUCUUUUAGAACCUAAAUUAACUUGUUUUGUAGAACUUAACACAUAAAAAUAAUCUCUACUUCUAAAAAAUAGAAUCCUUGCAACAGAGUGACUCAAGAUAUGUUCCUGAGCUGAGCUGGCUGUAGGAUGUAAAAAUAUGUGGACUAUCUCAGGAUAUAUGAUAGUAAAGUCUAUGUUUAGCUGUAUUGUCUGUCCAACUCAAUAACUUUCCUUCCAAACCAUAAUCCUCAAUGUAAUGUGAAUAACAUAGUUGCACAAAAUAUGGACUUCACACACACACACACACACACACACACACACACACACACACACACAGCAUGCAAACAAACCAGUGUAAGUCCAUGGUAGGACAAAAUAAUUUGUAAUAAAUCCAUGCCUCAGGAAUGAAGAUGUGAAUGCAAUUAAAGAAUAGAAAAAUUUGACAAACUUUAAAAGAGGAACGGGUACAAGAAAGCUGCAGUAGAUUUAGUGGAGAACAGACAGAGUAAAUAACAUUGUUUCUUCCUUGUUGUUCCCACAUUGUAAUUUGAUGCCUGUCCCUCCAGUGCCAUCUCUGUUGGGCUGAAAUUCUUAGCUACACAUAUUUCUCCAUUGUAGUUUCAAAUGCUUUUCAACUUUGUUAUGUUGAUGAUGUUUUUAAUUUAUUUCUACAUUUGUGAAGAUCACAUCUCCAACUUCAACAUAUCAUCACUAAUGUUCACAGUUUAUUUUAUUUCGAUUUGCAGUGGGGUUAAAAUUGUAUACAAGCAUCAGCAAAUAAAUAUAACUACAGUACGGCAUGUUUCAGUUUUAAAAUGUUGUGUAUUUCUGUUCCCAUAGUUAAUGAAGUAACCAUCACCUUCUCGUAGCUGCAGUUAGAAGUACUGUUGGGUAGCAUGGAUAAAAACUGCCAUUCAGCUAUGAGUGAUGAUCAUGGGAUAAUCAGAUCACACACAUUUAUUUCCAUUAUAUGAUACUACACUCUCAGACCUUUCAUCAGUACAUGUGUACAAUGACUGCAAUGCCACAAUACCACAUAAUUUUUAGCACUGAACUUUAUAAAGAAACAUUUGCUUAACUUGUCCAAGAAACUUAGAAACCAUAUACCUUAGUUCUUGAUAGUUCUUAUUACGUCUGAAUGUGUGCUGCUGGUAACCAGUCAUUUUAUGAAGAGCAGAUUCUUUUAAAAUAAACAGAAAAAUGAAAGCAGGAUAUGUUGGCUUACAAAAUAUGGACCUACCUUCAAAACUAUUUCAUGUAUAAAUAACUCUUUAAGAAGAGAAAACUUUACAAUGUAUGUAAACAAAAUGAGCACCAACAUUUAUGUCACUAGUGUUCAAGGAAAACUGUGAUCCUGCAAUUCAAUUCUGUCCCAAAAGUUAUGGCACAGGUCAACACCUACAUAUUUUAAAGUAAAAUUUGUAUAUGUACAUAUCCUGCAAUACAAUGUUUCUUGUUGUUUCUACUGUGAUGUUCAUAUAUCCAGCUACAUGUUAUAUGUGGAAAGAUGAAUGCAUUCUGUGAGAAACUGUUACAGCUAUACUUGUAAAUACUAUAUAUAUAUAUAUGUGUUGUUGUUAAAUCAGUGUCUGAAAUAAAUUGUUAAAUGAU